AGUAUCAAUGAAAAACUAAGUCAAAGAUUCGUCGAGCUCGAGGAUAAGUUGUUCAAAACAAUGAAAGCUGAGGGUAUCGUGGAUCGAGAAAAAUUGAAUGCUGUUGUGAAAUUUGCUGGCAACAUCGAGCACAAACUUGCAAGUGUGGAACACAAAGUUAACAGCAACUGGCCGAAAAAGAUUGAUAACCUUGAAAAUCGCAUAUUUAAUAAAAUCCACAACUGGGAGGAAAUUACGAGCACUGACAAAGCGAAUCAGGGAAAGUUGGCGCAAUUUGAAUUACUCGUAGACGAACUGCAAAAUAAAUUUACAGUAGGCGGUUUUGAAACUGGCAAGGAAUUGGAUGAGAGGUUCGAAAGGCUUAAUACUGCUAUGCACGAGAGAUUACUCGAGCUGACUGGAGA